UUAGAGCCGUACAAUCAGAAGCUUGCGGAGUCACUACUAAAAGUAAUCGAUGCAAAUGAGGGAAUCGAGGAAUUGAAAAAAAGCUUCUACAACAUGAUUUUGAAUUUUGUCACCCGACCGAACGCAAUGCAGUUGCUGCAGGAAGCAGUGGGGCAUUCAGUUUCGCUGCCGAUAGCUGAUUCAUUUCUCGUACUGGUCGAUGCAAUUCUCGAGCUCAAAACUGCAUUCCUUGGCGUCUGUGCACAAAUAUCGUCCGAAAAUCCGAUCGAACCAAUUACGGAAUCACAGUGGUAA